AUGCUAUUGCCAAUAUCAAGCAAUUUGUCGCUAUCGCAUGCUAACCAGGCGCACACAAUACUCAACCACCACCACCACCAGCAGCAGCAGCACACACGCCCACACUGUCUGCACUUAUUGGCUACGUGCCUUGGUCGAGGCAACAUGGAACAAGCACGCAGCCAGUUGAGGCGCAUAUUGUGGACCCAUCGCCCAACUGAUUUGACUACAACAAUGCAGCAGCUGCUGCACAGGUACUGCUCAGCAUCUGCAUUAAGCAAAAAGCUGCUCAAGUUGACAAAAAUUUUGUUAAUUUGUGUCUUGGCCAUAUAUUUCUUGAAUUACUACCUAGCGGAGUUGCAGGGACAGCGCUGUGCUUUAACACUGCCACGCCCUCUGCGCUACGCGCUGCGGCCACCUGAGCGCUGUGAUUUUUGUGCGAAUAUUCAAAGCGUGCCUCGCAUUAGCAAUCUUACUCCAGCCCGAUUCGAGGCGGAGUACGCAUACAGCGGCGCACCCGUCAUAGUGAGCGAUGCCAUGCAAAACUGGACAGCCUCAACGCUCUUUAAUUACUGGUACUUUCGGGAUGUCUACGGCAAGGCUAAGCGCAAGCAGCGCAUACGCGACUGUCAGUUCCUGCCCUACAAGACGGGCUUUCGGGAUAUUUACGAGGCUUUGGACAUGUCGCAGACGCGCGUCAACUCGGAGUCGGACGAGUCACCUUGGUACUUCGGCUGGAGCAACUGUCAUGCGGAAACAGCCGAAGAGUUCCGUCGGCAUUAUGGCAGGCCCUAUUUUCUGCCAGAGCGCUCGGAGAACAAUGCCGUUGAUUGGUUUUUUAUCGGCACCGCGGGACUGGGCGCCCAAAUGCAUAUUGACAAUGUGCGUCUGCCGUCGUGGCAGGCGCAGCUGGCAGGCAACAAGCGCUGGCUGCUGGUGCCGCCACCCGAAUGCUACUUUCAAUGCAAGCGCUUCGAUGUGCUCGUGCAACAGGGAGAUAUAAUCGUUCUCGAUACGAACAGAUGGUAUCAUCAAACAUUUGUGCAGCCCGGCGCCAUUAGCCUAACCAUUGGCGCCGAAUAUGACUAGCUCAAGUCAAUUUCGGAGUGGGUUUCGCCGAACAGGAAACAAACUGCACCCGUUGCACUGCAGCAGCCGAUACAGCAUCUCGGGGCAUAAAUAAAUAAGCUAAACUCUA